AUGUCAUCGGAGAUAUGCAUCUAUACACAUGAACCAGCCACAAUCCUCCCACUUCUCAUAUCUCAAUUACCGUAUUCCGCGACUCUCCUCCGUCGCAUCCAACAUGGCAUUGCACACCCCUCCAGAACAGCGCAAAUCCUAGCAACUUUCCCAGCCGGCGUAACCCCUGACCCCUCGACGCCGUGGCUGGCCGCACGGGUCGAUCUUUUCCGCGGCCGCGAAACACAGAUCGUCAUAUUCUCCAGCCUCGAAGCGGAGCACACGUCAAUCCAGAAGAUCGACACUGUCAACGAUAGUGCAGACGCUAAUUCCGCCGCGCCGGAUAUAUCAACUGUGGACUCGGAGUCGACAUCCGCAUCCAAUAACAUCGUCCCCGAACCCAGUGAUCGAAAUGUCCACCUGCAAAACACAACGCAAUUCCCCGUAGCCAGCCUGUCAGCCAGCCAGCCAGUCCUGGACCUGGUCCGCGCGCAACUAUUGGCUCUGCUGUCGUAUGUCAAGACGGUACUUCUACCGCCCUACCUGUUCUUCUUGGCUGAACAAGCCCCCCUCUCGACCCCCGCCACAACCGGCGUCCCCCUGAUUCCCGCGCCGGACCCACAGGCUUUCCUCAUCGGCGGUCUUCAUACAGGUCUUUUUUCGCUUUUGCAGCGAUCUCAGGCGUACGACGCCUCCAACCCGCUGGAUAAUAUCCGGGUUCAUCGAUUCGAUGAGAUACCAUACUACAAGUACUUUUUCCGCAGAUCCACUUUCGAGCCCGAGGAAGAAUCUGGAAUUUCUGCAGAUCAUCCGGAGAAUGACAUGUCACUUCCAGGUGGAUACAGCUUCCAGAAUCGGGAGGGAAAAGAGGGUGUUCUGAGUGAGCAUCUGGAUCUCGUGCAGAGUCGCACGCAUAUUCCCCGACCGAGGGAGCAGCUGUCUGUCUUGCCGGGGAUGGCGGUUUAUUGUGAUGGUAGUGAUGACCCUGUUGCGUGGGGGUUCUUAGGUGUGGAUGGGACGUUGUCGACUUUGCAUGUUGAGCCGGAGCAUCGGGGGCGCGGGUUGGCGAUUUCGUUGUCUAAGGCUGUUAUGCGGAGGGGGAUGAGGGAUGAUGGGAUCUUUGGGGCUGGGAGUAUUGGGGUUGAGGAUGUGGAGGCUCGGGAGCGUGUUGGGGCUUGGGCGCAUGCUGAUGUCGCUGGCUAUAAUAAGGCGAGUCGGAGGGUGAUGGAGAAGGUGGGGGGUGAAGUCUUGACGACGAUUACCUGGACUGUUAUUGAACUGCUGCAUUAG